UUUAGCAUUGUUCUAUUGAAUGAAAAACAAUGAAAAACAAGGGUUAAAAAAUACUGUUUUGCAUGCGAUACGCAUGUAAAUAGAAUAUCCAUUACUGUAAGUAACCAAUUAAUAUUAAUUUAGAUUUUACAGGUUAAGUUGUCUCAAAACUUGUAUCAUAAUAGUUUGAAAUUUUCCUGUAAAUACCAAAUUCGUGCUUCAGUAAAAUCUCGCUGUUAGUAUACAGCACUACCCUAUGUGCCUUAGCGUGGAAAGCGCAUGUGCAAAAAUGACAAGUGCUUUAACUACAGUUUGCAGUCUGCAGUUACACAGCUGAUUCACAAAAACAACCGGUUACGAUGAGUAGUCGGGUAAUUUCAGCAAAAUAAGUUUGUUUCAUUGGUUUUAUGCGAUUAUUUGGAUUUUGUGAUAAGAUUUGAGAACUUACAUUUUGUUAUUCACUGGAUUACCUUGAACGCAAAUAACAAUAUAUUAUUAGCACCUCGAGGUUAGUCAAAGUAACAUAGUACCUGUCCCUCUUAUACAGGAUUGUGUAUCUACUAGCAUCCACUUUAUUAUACAUUUUUUUGAGAAGUCAUUCAGAUUAUGGUUGACGCUGGCCGUUGAAAAAUAUUGAGAAAAAUCUAGUCUUAGAAUGGUUGUCUCCUAACGAUACCAUCUCCUACAUGUUCCAGAAAGAUGUAAUCUUAAUAAAAGGUUAAAUCAUAGAUCUAUUUGAGUAUUUGGAAGCAAUGUGUGUAUUUGUAAAAGCAGAUUUCAUGACAUACUCAAGUUGAAUAUUGACCUAAUAGCAUGAUAGUUUUCUUCACAUAUUAAUUUGAUUAGAUGAUUACUCGAUAAUCCAUCUUGACUGCAUGCAUCAUUCGCCAAGGGAAAAAUGAACUCUAAAGAUUACAUCAAAUUAGCUCAGCUGUGUGCUGCGAUGCAAGAACAAUCAAAUAAAAAACACGCUAUUAUUCAUGAAAUCCUACAACGCGAGGGUGACAUCAACUUUAAAAUCCCAGCUCAGAGCUACGUAAAGCAAUAUGGCGAUGAUUACCGCAGUUAUGCGGCUUUGCGCUGGGCGCUGGAUUCUCGAGAAAUCGACGUAUUCAACACCCUGCUGGCUCAUGGUGCUGAUUUCAGCCUGAAAAAUGAGAAAGGAGAGACCAUCCUUCACCAAGCCCUCGCCAACAGUUACAUGCAGUUUGCAAACUGUUGGAAAAUAAAGGGCAGAUUGGAGCAUCCGUUCAUCGAUUCCAUCUUGUUGGCGCACGUAAACGCUAAUAAUUGCGACAAUUCCCGCAACGAGUAUGGAAUUUCGUACUUUCACGCAGCUUGUAUGACGAACAACGUAAAAGCCGUUGAAUUUUACUUGAAUCGCGGUGUGUUGGUUAACGAGGCUGUUAAUGCGGAUUCUUCGGUGCUAGCCGGUUACACUGGCUUACAUUUAGCUGCGAGAUACUGUUGCCUUGAAAUUGCCAAGCUACUUUUGAGCUCUGGCGCUGAUCCACAGCUCAAAGAUAAUAAAGGUCUGACACCGCUGCACAUGUUGAUCGAGCGAAACAUGCAAAUCGUCGACUGGAUGAACACCAGCAAACGAGCGUGUUACGAUCAGUUCAUCGCUGAUUUCGAAGAUAACGAACAGAUGAUCGAACUGAUAAUGUCAAGGAAUUACAGUAGUUGGAAAUGCCUUGAUGGCAUAGGUUUGUCGCGUUUCCACGUGGCUUGCACGAUUUACGAUCAGUCGAAGAUCGAGCAGUAUCUCGGAGAACUUAUCGAUUUGACGCGCUCUAUCAAGGCCAAUUCUCCUAUUUGGCCUGGUUACACAGCUCUUCAUUUUGCGGCACAUUUCAACGUCGAGACGGUGAAGCUGUUGGUGAAAAAUGGAGCGAAUCUACUAGCUAAAGAUGCCAGGAAUAUCACGCCUUUCGACCUGUGCUUGCAGAGAUACGAAGCCGAACACAUUCACUUUCUCAUAACGAAUCAGCCGUCGUGGAAAUACAUUCUCCUAUCCGACAAUAAAACUCGCUUGUCCGAUCUCGUGUUUGCCAUGCGGUCGGCAAUGGAACUCAAUUUUUACCUAGACAAUAUUGCGCACGUAAAUACGUUCGUUUCGAUGAACUCGCCGCUCUGGCCAGGUUGCACGCCUCUACAUUUGGCAGUAAUACUUCCCGAGAGAAACCGCGACAUUCAAGAUUUGCUGGCAAGCACCGAAUACAAUCCGCAUGAGGAAGCCGACAAGAGGUACUACAAUUGUAGCCAAACCAAGGAGAAACUCUAUCUGUUACGAAUUAAAGUCUGCUUGCAAUUCAAUGCCGACGUCACUGCCCAAGAUGUUCGUAACUCAACCCCUCUUCAUCAAGCCUUCCGUUUGCAGAGGGAGAGUGCUGUUAACGAGCUUUUGCGCAACCUACGAGAGAUUAGAAAUUACUACGACGACGACGGUCUGACAUAUCUGCACAUUGCUUGUGCCACGCAACGUCGAGACAUCAUCGACAAAUUGUUGGACAGGAGAAACGUGAACGAGCCAGUGCCAGCGAGUUGCAAGUGGUUCAUCAAACCUUAUUACUGGGACAGCAGCACCUACGCAUUUCACAUUAGCGCCGAAUCGACAUUACUUCAUAUUGCCGUCACCUGCGAGAACGCCGAUUUGGUCGAGAUGCUCCUGAAACACGGCGCGGAUGUUUACGCCAAGGACGUGAAUGGCUUGACACCGAUCCACCGGGUAUUCGUCAUACGUUCCCGCAGUAGCAUCGCGCUAAACCUCUUCUCGACAAAUCCUCUGAGAAAUUGCGUUAUAGAGGGAGGUUUGAGUCAUUUACACGUGGCCAGCUUGAUGGCUAACAGAGAGUCAGUAAAGAAGCUAAUCGACAACGGAGCGAACAUCAAUGGAGUCGUCAAUCAUAAGUCGUCUGUGCGUAACAACGACGACGGCACAUUACUGUCGGGCAACCCAGCGUUCGACCUCUACGAUGACACUUCGUCGGACCCAAUGCGCUUUUUGAGUCUCUACGACGGCCAAACGCCACUGCACUUUGCCAUGGACAAUCAUCAAGAUCCGGACGUCGCGAAGUUAUUGUUGGAACAUGGCGCUGACGUGCUAGCUAAGAAACCCGACGGUUCAACGCCGCUUUACAGCGUUCUGGCGGAUAAUAGGCAUCACAGUUUGACGGACUUUUUUGUUUCAAUGCUGAAAAAGGAUUCCACAUUGCAAGAGCGUAUAUUAAAGGACGCGGGAAUAACAAUGUUGCAUGUUGCUUGCGCUACAUUGGACGUAGAUUUCGUGAAAGAACUGCUUGCAUGUGGUGCCAACGUCAAUGCUCGUACACACGAUGACUCGCAUAUUUGGCCAGGAUGUUCUCCUCUUCAUAUGCUGAUGACGCCGCUGUCUGAAGACGAAAGAGAUAAGAUUGGCGCCGUGAUUAAUCUGUUACUGCAGCAUGAUGCUGAUGUUACAUCAAUCAAUGUCAAGCAGAGCUCGCCAAUACACAAACUCUAUUCUCUCAUCGAACCCUACGUUGAAAACCAUCUUCAUGUGGACGCUCUUCUCACGGCUCAAAAGGAUUACAGUAUCAAUCCUAUAAACAGUAAAGGACUGUCGCACUUUCACGUGGCUUGCGCCAGGAAUCAAGUUGCUAUUGUUGAGGAGUUUUUGAAGCACGGCAUUGAUAUUAAUCAAGCAAUUGAUCAUUUUUGCAUCAGUUUUGGAGGUUACACGACUCUUCACAUUGCCGUUUUCAAGGACAGCCGAGAAACGAUUGAUUUACUGCUUAGACAUGGAGCCAACGUGAACGCCGAAGAUCGCUAUGGGAAUACUCCGCUUCAUGUCACCGCUGAACGAGAUGAUAUUUCUAGGAGAUUAAUUGAACAAAUUAUCAACGGAGGAGCAAACAUCCAUGCAAAAAAUCUGCUUGGUAAAACUGUCUUCGAGGUUCUCAUGACAAAAUGGACCGAUGUUUCCGCCCCAGUGUUAGAGCUUUUCCUCAAACAUGGUUGGCAAGUCAACACGUUUAAUCCAUUCAGCGAAGAAGGUACCAUUGCAAUGGCUUUCAGUACGAGUAAUGAAAAUAUAAGGGGCGUCGAAAAACCUGCCUUCCAAGCGCUAAUGAAAGCUCCAGACAUAGCGGUUGUAGAUGAAAUUGGUCGUAAUUCCAUUCACAAUAUCGUUUCUAUGCAGCAACCUCAGCAUAAUAAUUCAGCCGACGAUUACGCGGAUGCUAUUGAAAUACUUGUACGCUUAGGUUGUGACUAUGAUCAUCAAGAUACUUUGGGACGAACUCCUCUACAUCUUGCUGUUGAAUUCCGACAAAUCGAAGCCAUAACAGGUUUGCUGCAAUCUGGCGCGGAUGUUAAUAUAACGGAUACAAAAGGCAACCCAGCUUUUUCCUAUAUUUUGAAAUAUCUUCAUAAGCAUUUAGAACACGAUCGCCAAAUAGUCAAUAGAUUGUCUGUGUAUUUGCUAAAGAUGGUUCGCUUGGGACUCGACGUUAACAGAAUCAAUGUGGAGGCUAUCGUCGCAUCGCGAAAGUCCAUCCCGUUCAAGAUAACAGUGGACAAGGCAUUCGAAGAGCAAUUAGAGAAGGUGAAAGAGCGAAAAAUCAGCUCGACUAAUAUUAGGCUUCACGAUUUUUUGUCCGAAACUGGCGCAGUGUCUUCCUAUCCAUAUACAACUCCACAAGAGCGAUACGCCAUAAAAAAUUUUUUUGAAAAUGACUUCGAGGCAUUACGAAAAGAGUUUCCUGAGGUGGCUGGCUUCCUCAGAUUGCAGUAUAAAAAAGCUCGCGCGAGACUUGCGCUUAUUAAUCCUGCGAUUGCAUCACUCGGAAUUGUUAUAGGGUUUGAAUUGCCUGUACUUUGCUUCGAUGUUGUAUUAAAGUUUUUAAGAAAUGAAGAUCUCAGAAAUCUGAUAGCCGCGGCUGAUCAUAUGAUUUGGAUUACUGAGGAUAACAAAAUGUCAACCCAAAACGGUGAAUCAAAGAGUUUGAAAAAUUAUACAAGAUUAGCCCAGUUCUAUGGAGCGAUUUCCGCGCUUUCACUUAAAAAGUUUACCAUAAUAGAGGGAAUCCUACAACGAGAUGGCGACAUCAAUUAUAAAAUCUCUUCAAACAGUUUUGUCAAGUAUAGACGACCACAUUUACUAGGUUACACAGCUCUGCAUUUUACACUUGAUGAGGGUGAGGUCAAAAUAUUUGAUUUUUUAAUCAAGCGUGGGGCAGAUUUUACAAUAAAAAAUGACAAUGGGGCAACUGUACUUCAUCAAGCCUUCGAGAACAGUUACAAUAGAUCUAAACGUUGUUGGAAAUUGAAAGGCAAGCAGAAUCAUCCGUUUGUUAAUUUAGUAUUAUCAGCACACGUAGAAUACAAAAUCUCAGCAAAUCCUUGCAACAAAAACGGCAUAUCACAUUUUCACAUCGCUUGCAUGGUAAACCACGACAAAGCCGUUGAAUUUUUCUUGAACAACGGAGCUUCGGUGAAUGAAACCGUUCAUAGAAAUUCACUAGCGUUACCUGGUUACACGCCGUUACAUUUCGCCGCAAGGUACUGUGCUCUAAAAACAGCCGAGCUUCUCCUCAGGUACGGUGCUAAUCCAGAACUCAGAGAUGCUCAAGAAAUGAGUCCGUUACAUAUUCUCAUCGAUCGAAAUAUGGAAAUCGUCGACUGGAUGAAAACAAGCCUACGAGAGAAUUUCGGGCAAUUGGCAUUAGAUCUCGAAGAUAACGAGAAGAUGAUAAAUCUACUAUUUAGCAAUUGCAACGAUUCGGACGUUGUCGAGAACACAGGUUUAUCGCGCCUACAGAUAGCAUGUACGUUGCAAGACACGAGCUUAGCCGAGCAGCUAAUCCAGAGGGAUGUAGAUUUAGAGCAUUUUGUAAAUACGGAUUCAGCCCUUUGGCCAGGUUACACAGCUUUACACUUUGCAGCGCACUUCAAUUUCAAAACCGUUAGGAUACUGGUAAAUGAAGGAGCCAACAUUCUGGCACAAGACUCCAAAGGAGUGACGCCCUUCGAUCUCUGCUUGCAACGUUACAAAGCUGAGGAAAUUUACUUCCUCGUGAUGAGGCAACCGUUGUGGAGGAACGUGACCUUCUCGGACGGCACAACUCGAUUGACGAAUAUAAUCUUAGCGAUGCGUUACUCUUGCACUUUCUACACUUUUCUGCAACAGAUAGACGGCAACAUAAAUAUGUGUAUUCCCUUCGAUUCACCAAUCUGGCCUGGCUACACGCCUCUCCACUUGGCUAUUAUCUUCCCUGAAAGGAUCAAUAACAUGAAUGACUUGAUCGAGGACACCGAUUAUUUUGGAACGAAGAAGGUCACACCGGCGUUUUACAAUUGCAGUUUCGAUGACGAGCGAGUCUACCUCGAACGAGUCAAGGUGUGCUUGAGUCUGGGUGCCGACGUUACUGCUCAAGACGCGCGUGGCUUGACGCCGAUACAUCUGGCAUUUCGACUGCAGAAGGAAAACGUUGCGCAGCUUCUGCUGCAAUUCCACCAAAAAAUCGUCAAUCCCGUGGACGACGACGGCUUGUCGCACUUUCACAUCGCUUGCGCCACCAGGAAUCUCCAUCUGGUCGACAUUUUACUGCGUAGUGGUGUAGACGUGAACAGCCCGGUAAUGUCGAGCUUCAAGUGGUUUGGCAUGCCGUACUAUCGAGAGACAAGGCCUUACGUGUUCUACAUUAGCACUGGUUCGACACCGCUGCACAUCGCCGCUGCAGGCGAGAGCCCAGAGUUGACGGAUAUGCUAGUAAAGAACGGAGCCGAUAUCUACGCCACUGAUGUCAACGGCUUGACGCCCAUACACAGAGUACUGACGACUCGGGGCUAUAAGGAAACGGGCAGUUAUUUGACUUCGGCUAUCGACCUCAAAGACUGCACGGUCAGAGGAGGACUGAGCCACCUUCACAUCGCUUGUUUGGUCAACAACGUGGCUGCGGUCAUGAGCUUGCUCGAUCACGGAUCCAACAUCGAGUCGACCGUCACCUAUCGGCUGCCGAUAGAGUAUGGUCGAGGGCAGGCACCCGAGCUUCGCGAUGUGUUCGUUGAUCCCUACGAUGACCGUUCGCUCGAGCCGUUGUCCUUUCUCGCGCCCUACUCCGGUUACACGCCGCUGCACUUCGCUAUGCAGGAGCAUUGUAAGGACGUGAUCAAGUGUCUCAUUGAACGUGGCGCCGAUGUGCUGGCAAAGAAGGCUAAUGGCAUGGCGCCGUUGUACGCGACCCUCGACUGCUCGUAUGCCUACAUGGCUAGUGUUUUCGCGCAAGUGCUCAGGAGUGAUGUCAGAAUUCAGAAGCGCAUGGAGGACGACAUCGGACUGACCAUGCUGCACUUAGACUGCGUCAGUUUGAACAUUGAAGGAGUCAGAGAAAGGCUCAACGCCGGGGUUGACGCCAACUCGCAAGUGAAGGCCGAAUCAAGUGUCUGGCCUGGAUGUACUUCUCUGCACGUACUCAUGUCCAGGUCGCACGAUGAACGUAAUAGCCGUUCAACUCUUGAGAUCAUCAAGUUGCUGCUACAACACGGAGCUGACGUUACUUUGAUGAAUGAGAAAUGCGUAACGCCGGUUCACGAAGCUUAUACGCUAUUCCAUCUUAACGCUCAUCCUUACGUAGAUAUCCUUCUGGAAGGACAGCGAGAUUAUAGCGUCAAUCCAUACAGUGUCGACGGUAUCUCACAUUUCCACGUAGCCUGCAGAAGAAACAAAGUGAAGAUUAUUAAAAAAUUUUUAAAUCACGGCGUUGAUGUCAAUGACGCGAUCGAUCACUUUUCCAAUGAUCAUGGCGGCUACUCGGCUCUCCACCUGGCUAUGGUUCACGAUGCGAAAGAAACCGUCGAUCUGCUUCUAUCGCACGGAGCUGAUGUUUUGGUUGAGGAUUAUCUUGGUAAUACUCCUCUACAUGCUGCUGCUGAACAUAGUUCGUCUUCCAAAAAUUUGAUAGAAAAAAUAAUCAGCGCUGGAGCAGACAUUCAUGCUAAAAACGUAUUAGGGGAGACGCCUCUCGAGUUACUGUUGAAUUCAAGCGAUGCUCCAGCAUCAGUAAUCGAGCUGUUUUUAAAACGCGGUUGUAAAGUCAAUGUAUUCAACCCUAUCAGUCAAGAAGGCUACAUCGCAAUGGCAUUUAACACGGUUAAUCAACGUUCGAGCGCCAUACAAAGGCCGGGUUUUCGUGCAGCACUGAGUGCUCCCGAUGUGAAAAAUCUUGACACAAUGGGUCGCAACGCUGUUCACAAUAUCGUCUCAACUUUCAAGAAAAAUAAUUCAGCUGCUGAUUACGCUGAUGGCAUCGAAAUUCUUACCAGAAUGAAUUGUGACGUUGAUCAUCAAGAUAACCAAGGUAGAACACCUCUCCAUCUUGCUGCUCAAUUGCGAAACUUCCAAGCAAUAGCUGGUCUAUUGAUGUGUGGCGCCGAUGUAAAUAUUUUAGAUGCAAACGACAAACCGGCAUUUGCCUAUAGCUUAGAGCAUAGCGAACGUGGUCGAGAACGCGAUUUACAUAUUAUCGUCACAUUUUCAAUGCAUUUACGCAAACUUCAAUUACUCGAGCUCGACGUUCAUCAGCUAAACAUAGAGGUCGACAUCGAAGCAAGGAAAAGGUUUCCUUUCGAUGUUAAAGUGGCUGAACGUUGUCAAGACGAGUUAGAAAAGCUGAAGGAGCGAACAAUAGAUCCUUACUCGGUAACUUUGUUCGACUUCCUGUCAGAGACUGGGGCGGUGGCUGCUUAUCCGCAUAUGCCGCAAAUCCAGCGUCACGCGAUUGACGAGUUUUUUUACAACGACAGUGUCGGCCUAUGUAAACAGUUUCCUGAAUUGGCUUGCUUACUCAAACUGCAGUACAGAAGGGCAGUGGCCAGGAUGCCACUUAUGGAACCUGCGACAAUGGCCUUAAGUAUUGUUUUGGGAUUUGAGUUGCCUUUAUUAUGCUCCGAUGCUAUUGUCAGAUUCAUGAAAAACGAAGAACUGAGAAAACUUAUUGCCGCUUCGGAGGAGCAGUGCGACACAAGGAAACGUUUGAAAACUUGAUAGUGGAUGAAUGCAAAGUUAGAAAUUAACAUGCGUUUGUGUUUACCUAUUUCCAAAGCGUAUUUAUAUCUACUUUUGAAUACAUUUGUUGAAUUUUUACAAUGAACUGAUACUCGACAUUUAAAAAAUAAUGUAUUCGAGAACUUUUAAUAGUAUAACAAUUGUAAAUCUGCGUGUAGUUUACGACAAAGAAGUAGAGCUUUGGAAAAGAUACAUAUAGGUAGGCUUUUCAAUACAUUGAAAUUGUAAUAUAUAUUGAAUAAAAUUAUUUGGUUAGACUUAUUAUGUUGUUAGUAUUAUAGUUAUAUGAAACAUUUACAACCAUCAACUUGUUCUCCUCUUAUUAAUAAAUUCAACAGGGAAAUAAAAAAUUCUAUGUUCGAAGUAUCAGUGUAAUAGUUCGGAAAUUAAAUUAUUGUACUCAACCGACAUAUUACGCAUUUUUUUCGCAUACAAAUAUUUUUACUUAUUUUAUACAAAAUAUUGUUUUAAUUUAUUAAAUAAGAAAAGAAAACGAAAAUUCAUAACAAAUACGUUUUUUCUUUAAGAUAUAAUAUUUUGACUGUCUGGUACAGGAACGAAAUAGUGAACGUUUAAAUAAAGUUUAUUUUAGUAGUUGGCCGGGGUUAUUUAUAACGGUUAGUCGUCAAUAUUUGUUACUACAUUUUGUUUUUUGUGCAUUAAAUGCAAGUCAAGAUUAAAUAAAUCAUAAAAUUGAAAUUUAUAUAACAAUAAAUAAAUACAUUUAAAAAAUUAAUUCUGAAUACCUUUAUAAAUAUGUUAUCAUGCAUGUUUUACAUAGUCUUUCAUUUUUAAAAGGUGAACUAGUCAUGUUUAUCAAUUUUUCGUAUAAUAAAUAAUUGGUUUUGGUAGGAGAACCACAAUUUGCCUCGGUGGUUAAUCUAUUAGACAAUUUUUUCUUUACCAUACUUUGAAAAAUAUAACUAUUGUUCUUCAUGUAAACUUUAUGGUUUUAAUGAUACGCGACCAUGAAUACAUCAUUUUAAAUUAACUUAGAAACU